AUUCAAGGGUUCUUGCAUCUAAAAAUACAGUUCCAUCAACUCCAUCUAAUAAAAAGAAAUAGAGAAAGUAAAUGGAGGAGGAGAUGGAGAUAUCGUCAUCGACGCAGGCAACUGAGAGCUCUUCCUCUGAUAUUGUAUCUCGAGCUAGGAAAUUGCUGUUUCGACGGAUGCUAGUUGGAAUCAAGGAUGGACGGUUUUUCUUAGGAAGCUUUCAUUGCAUAGACAAACAAGGCAACAUCAUCCUCCAAGAUGCAGUUGAAUACCGUAACACCCAUCGAUCCUCUCCUUCUCCAAUGGAACAACGCUGUCUUGGUCUCAUUCUUAUACCUUCCUCUUGUCGAACUUCUUGUCAUGUCGAUUGCUCUAUUGAAGAACAGCUCUCCCUUUUGAAGUUUCAAUAAAUCUUUCUACUUUCUUGUUAUCUUAACAAUGCAAAAGUGCAGCUUGUGAAUUUUAAUUUUACUGGGUUAUUUCUCUCUUUA